CCUGGAUUACACUGGCCAAUAAAAGCCUCUGAAAUUGUUCUUUGUAGCAUACACUGCCUUGUCACCAGCUUUCACUUCGGGUUAGGUCCCCUCCCAGGCUACAGGAAGUUUCCUGCUCAGAACCCGUUUCUUCACUAGUGAAGAUUUGAGGACCCUGCGCUAGAAGAUGCAGGCUCAGCCGCCGGUGGUCGUGGUCACUCAGCCUACAUACGGCCCCGCACCCCAAAACUCCAACUGGCAGACGGGCAUGUGUGACUGCUUCAACGACUGCGGCGUGUGUCUCUGCGCAUCGUUCUGUUUCGUGUGCCUGGGGUGUCAAGUCGCCAGUGACAUGAACGAAUGCUGCCUGUGCGGGACAUCUGUCGCCAUGAGGACUCUCUACCGGACCCGAUACGGCAUCCCCGUGAGUCUCCUACGGUCCUGCAGCGUUCCCACCUGCAACCCCCUUCAGGAUGACGAUCCUAAACGUGGAGACCGUUGGCUGGCAUCUGUCACCUGACUCUGACCGGUGACAGUUUCCUACUACCGUGUUUCCCCGAAAACAAGCCGUCCCCAUAGAACAAGCCCCAGCAGGAUGUCUAACCACCUGCCCAAUA